AUGGAGUGCCCAGAGAACCAAAAGGUCGUCUGUGCAACAUUCAUCCUACAAAAGGACGCAGAGAUAUGGUGGAGAGAUAACAAAACCCUUCUUAACCUAGAAGGGGGGCUUAUGAAUUGGGAACGGUUUAAGGAGGCCUUCCUUAAAGAAUAUUAUCCAAAAUCAGAGCGACUUAAAAGACAACAGGAGUUCACCGACUUGGUACAGGGCGGACUCACAGUACAGAAGUACAACCGAGAGUUUAAGAGACUCACGAUAUUUGCGCCGUCCAUGGUGGACACUGAGGAAAAGAUGACAGAGAAGUUUGUAUUGGGUCUGAAACCAAGAAUCCGCCGCAUGUUGGAGGCGUUCAACCCAGAGACCUAUGAGGAAGCCUUGAGAACUGCCAAGGCUUUAGAGAAACCAAAGGAUGAGAAACGAUGUGAGGAGCCGGUAGUAAUUGGGCAGAAGCUUCCACAUGAAUCAGGAGGCUCUGACCGUCCACCACCAGCACAUAGGCACCGUUUCAAUAACAUAUCCGCUCCUAGAUGGAAUGAGCGACACCCUCCCCGACGUACUGAUAGGAACCCCAGGAAUCAAGAUGGGGCCAGAGGGAGGAGAGAGGAAGGGUGCACUAUCUGUGGAAGACUACACGGUGGGAGGUGCAGGCUGGCAGCCGAGCAUGUUAUAGAUGUGGUCAAGAGGGGCACAUCGCCGUGA